AUGUCCGACCAAAUCGACGGUUUCGAUAUCCUCGACCUCCUUCCUGUUCCGCCGGCCGAGAGCGAGGACACUAUUGCUCUGAGAGCUGAGGUGGGCGAGCUGAGCGCCCGUCUCACCCACAUGCUCCAGUCGGCUCCCUCUCAAGACGACGAGGAGCACAUUCUGGAGAAGGAGGAGUGGUUGAAGAACUUUUCCGAUGUUAAGAAUCAGGUGGCCAAGCGCUUGACGCUCGCGCGUGACAACAAGGUUGUCAUCGAUCUGCCAGUCUCCGCCAGGCAAGACUGGCAGAAAGGUGAUCUCCUCCGCGCGGCGUUCCAAAGCCAGGUUACCGCCCUCAAGGAUGCCGAGCUCACCUCAAAGGAGACGGCGGAAACCUCAACCACCUCCACCACCGCCACUGCUCCCGCUCCCGCCACCACCACCACCACUGCUCCCACCACCGCUACUCCCACCGCGACCUCAACGGAACGCGGGCCCGCCACAGGUGAGAGAGAAGAAGGCGCCGAUCAGGAGCAGGAGACCCGGCAGGAGACGGAGGAGGAGGAGGAGGAGACUAAUGAACGGGUGGAUCCUGAAGACACAGAGGCACCACCCGUUGAGAAGUCGGGUCCGGUGGGACGCAAGAAACAGACGCCGCGCAUGAGCGCCGAGCAACUCAACCCUGUCCCUUGCACGACAUGCACGACAAUGCAACGCGAGUGCCACAACUGGUCUAAGGGCCAGUCGUGCUACGAGUGCCACCAUGGGAAGGUGAAGUGCUCUCUGGUACAAAAAUUAGACAAAGGAAAGAAAAAGGCCGCGGCACCCUCACAUCCACCUCCACCUCCACCUCCACCUCCACCUCCACCUCCACCUCCACCAGCGCCGGCUCCCAAGCCUAAACCUAGGCCGAAGCCGGUUGCUCCGACUUCCCGUCCCGUCCGGGCCUCGUCAAAGGCCACGCAAGUGCCAGGCCCGGCUGCCGCCGUCGCACCGGCACAACCACGGGCGGUGCCAGGCCCCCGGUCCAUUCAAAACAACGCUUACGUCGAGCUGCGGACAAGCACCAAGCGGAAGGUCGCCGCCGUCGAGAGCGAGAGCGAGGACGGCGAGGAGGAGGCAUACUUGGCCGGUCGGGUGUCGGGCCUCUCCAACAUCUUGCAGAUGAUAGAGAUGGCCUGCGCCACUAUGAGGAAGGAGGUGGAGGAGAUUGAUGGGCGGGUUACCAAGCGCCGCCGCCGCCGCCGCUAA